AUUUGCACCGUCGCGACGCUCAAACGAACGAACAAACGUCUACCGUAAAGCGACACCGGCACGCGGGUUUCACGACUGUUUGAAAUCUAUCAACGGUCAGUGCAUUUUUUUUGUCAAAUAUCAAAGUACAACAUCAACCAAACGAAAUGGCUACGUCAAGAACAUCUCGGUAUACUUACCGUUCUGGAGGAUCAACGGCUGAUGUUAACAUCGAAUACAGCGCCGAUCUUAGUGCCCUUUCUAGGCUUGAGGACAAAAUCCGUUUGCUCUCCGAUGAUUUGGAAUCAGAAAGGGAAUUUCGAGCUAGGAUUGAACGAGAAAAGGCAGACCUAAGCGUGCAGGUGAUCCAGCUUUCUGAACGUUUGGAAGAGGCGGAAGGCGGAGUCGAAACCCAAAUCGAAGUAAACAAAAAGCGCGAUUCCGAAUUGCUAAAGAUUCGCAAACUACUCGACGACGUUCACCUGGAGUCGGAGGAAACGGCCCAGCUGUUAAAAAGGAAACACCAAGAAGUUAUUGUCGACUUUCAGGAACAGAUUGAGAUCUUAUCUAAACUUAAAGCCAGAUCUGACAAAGAAAAAAGUAAGUUCCAAGCUGAAGUAUACGAACUUAUCGCACAAGUAGACAGUCUGAACAAGGAGAAAUUCUUAUCGAUCAAGCAUGUCGAGAAAUUGGAAAUUAGCAUUUCCGAACUCAACGUUAGGAUCGAGGAGCUCAACCGCACCAUCGUCGAUAUCACAUCACACAAAACGCGUUUGUCUCAAGAAAACAUCGAACUCAUCAAGGAAGUGCAAGACAUUAAGGUGAAUCUUGAAAACGCGGUGUAUCUGAAAACUCAACUUGCUGGUCAAUUGGAAGAUGCGAGACGUCGUGCCGAGGAUGACGAAAGGAAACGGUCCCUUUUGGAAGCGCAACUUCACCAGGUUGAGGUUGAAUUGGAGUCCAUACGCGUUCAGCUCGAGGAAGAGAGUGAGGCGCGUUUAGACUUGGAAAGGCAACUGGUCAAAUCCCAAGGGGAGGUUCAAAUUUGGAAAUCCAAGUACGACACCGAGUGCGUCGCUCACGCCGAGGAGGUUGAGGAACUGCGCCGCAAGUACAAUAUCAGAAUUACCGAGAUGGAGGAGCACAUCGAGUCGCUCUUGGUCAAAGUGAAUAACCUCGAGAAGCAAAAGUCGCGCUUGCAAUCCGAAGUGGAAGUGCUUAUUAUUGAUUUGGAAAAAGCCAACAACACCGCUCGCGAAUUGCAAAAGCGCGUUGAACAAUUGGAACGACUUAAUAUUGAACUGAAGAGCCGUCUCGACGAAACCAUUCAACUUUACGACCAAGCCCAACGCGAUCUCCGCAACAAACAAGCAGAGCUUCAACGUCUCAGCCACGAACUGGACAAGACCCGCGAACAACGCGACGCCCUCGCGCGCGAAAACAAAAAACUCGCCGACGAUCUCACCGAUGCCCGCAACACCAUCACCGAACUAACCCGUCGCCUGCACGAGAUGGAACUCGAAGUUCGUCGGUUGGAGAACGAGCGCGAGGAGCUCACCGCCGCGUACAAGGAAGCGGAGGCUGGCCGUAAAGCUGAGGAGCAACGCGCUCACCGUCUAUCAUCUGAGUAUGCGCAAUUCCGUCACGAAGCCGAGAAGCGCUUGCAUGAGAAGGAUGAGGAAAUCGAAGCUAUUCGCAAGCAGACCAGCAUUGAAAUCGAACAACUAAAUGCACGCGUCGUUGAAGCGGAAACCAGGCUCAAAUCCGAAGUGGCUCGUAUUAAGAAGAAGUUGCAAAUUCAAAUCACCGAGUUGGAAAUGUCACUGGAUGUCGCAAACAAGACUAACAUCGAUCUUCAGAAGACCGUCAAGAAGCAAUCUCUCCAACUCAACGAGAUCACCGCCCAAUAUGACGAAAUUAAUCGCCAAUUGCAAAUUACCAUGGACUCGCUUAGCGUCACCCAAAGGAAGUACCAAGCCUUGAUGGCCGAAUGUGAAGAAAUCCGUGGCAACUACGAAUCUGCCCUACGUGCCAAGAAAGCGGUUGAAUUACAAUAUGAGGAAGCUCACUCGAGAAUCAACGAAUUGGGAACAAUCAACGCUAACUUGAACAAUACCAAGGUCAAGAUCGAGCAGGAACUCCAAACUGUUGUAGCAGACUACGAGGAAAUCACGAAAGAGUUGCGUAUUUCCGAUGAACGUUACCAACGCGUCCAGGUAGAAUUAAAACACACCGUCGAGAUUCUCCAUGAGGAACAGGAGCGAGUGGUGAAGAUCGAGGCGAUUAAGAAGUCACUGGAGAUCGAAGUUAAAAACCUAUCCGUUCGUCUUGAGGAAGUCGAAGCUAACGCAAUUGUUGGCGGUAAACGCAUCAUUGGCAAACUUGAAGCUCGCAUUCGCGACAUCGAAUUGGAACUUGACGAAGAAAAGAGACGCCACGCCGAAACCAUCAAGAUCCUCCGCAAGAAGGAACGCACCGUCAAAGAAGUGAUGAUUCAAUGCGAAGAAGACCAAAAGAACAUCUCCAUCUUAUCAGAGGCCCUCGACAAGUCCAACCAGAAACUCAUGCUCUUCAAGAGACAGCUCACCGAACAGGAGGGCAUGUCCCAGCAAAGUGUAACUCGUGUACGUCGCUUCCAAAGGGAAUUGGAAGCUGCCGAAGAUCGCGCCGACACAGCCGAAAGCAAUCUUUCUUUAAUUCGCGCGAAACACCGCACAUUCGUUACCACAAGCAGCGUACCUGGAUCCCAAGUGUAUUUAGUUCAGGAAUCCCGGACUUCCGAGAUCUAAGUCGCUGCUAGUGCCAGAUUCUUUUUUUAAAUUUAAUUUCACGCGCAAACACAAUUAAUUAGAUACACUAUACACUCUACACCAAUCAUAUGAAACUUUUAUGUGAAAUGUAAUUAACGCCAUCGAUAUUUGAUUGAUGUUCAAAAAUUAUUUUCCAUGCAUAUUAUGUAAUAAAUUGUUUGAAUGUUA